UUAGUUGUCUGGAAGAUGUUCCACCGAGACGCUUUAUACUUUGAUCGCUCCCUCUUGCGCGCACACGCUUCGUCGUGACGAGAACGCGUUUUGGGUUUUUUUUUUUUUUCUUCUUGCGUGUGCGCGUAAAAAGACGUAAUCCAGAGAACCGAGCCGACGCGUGUGACAUUAUGUGCCUGAGCGGACAGGUGAGGGUGUCGGGCUGUCUGUCUGUGGUCUUCCGCGGAGAAGCAGCGUGGAUUUAACGCGACUUCAUGUGGACUUUAUCGGAGCCCAACGGUGGAACGACGACCGGACACAGCGCUUCCUCGUCAGGGACUGACUGAUCAUGGUCGCCGUGGUCGGCUCUCUCAUGGUACUGCUUCUGGCUCAGGUGUUGAUGGAAGGCGCAACGGGACUCAUCCCGGAGGUGGGCCGAAGGCGGUACGGCGAGUCGGGCCGGCACAGCCCACAGCAGUCGGCGGGCGUCCUGCACGAGUUCGAGUCACGGCUCCUGAGCAUGUUCGGCCUGAAACGCAGGCCGUCGCCGGGCAAGCACGCCGUGGUACCGCGGUACAUGGUGGACCUGUACCGCAUGCACUCGGCCAACGGCGACCACGGCGCCCGGCGGCCCAAGAGCAUGGGGAGGCACGCCGAGAGGGCGGCCAGCGAGGCCAACACGAUUAGAAGCUUUCACCACGAAGAGGCUAUGGAGGCCCUGGCCAGCUUAAAAGGCAAAACCACCCAGCAGUUCCAUUUCAACCUCACUUCCAUCCCUGAGGAGGAGCGUAUCACCUCAGCGGAGCUUCGCAUCUUCAGGGACCAAGUCAGGGGAGUCCCCGUCACCCCCAGCGACAGCGACAGCGACAGCGACAGCUCCGCUAACGUCAGCUCGACGGUCGCUGGCUUCCAUCGCAUCAACGUUUACGAGAUAUUCGGGGCUCCCAAAGCUGGUGACGGAGAGUCUCUGAUUCGCCUGCUAGACACCCGGUUGGUACAGGACUCUUUGAGCCGGUGGGAGAGCUUUGAUGUUAGCCCGGCCGUGUCUCAGUGGACCUCCGGGAAAGGCCACAACCACGGCUUCGCGGUGGAGGUGCACCACCCGGGGGACUGGCAGGCCAGCGACGAGCACGCCCAGAGACGCGGCAGGCACGUGCGUGUGAGUCGGUCCCUGCACCAGGACCAGGACUCGUGGCCUCAAGCCAGGCCCCUGCUUGUGACGUACGGCCACGACGGGCGCGGGGACUCGGUGCUGCACACGCGGGAAAAGCGCCAGGCCGCGCUCCGCAAGCAGCGGCGGAAGCACCAGCACAAGGCCAGCUGCAAGAGGCACGCCCUUUACGUGGACUUCAGCGACGUGGGCUGGAACGAGUGGAUAGUGGCGCCCCCCGGCUACCAUGCCUUUUACUGCCACGGGGAGUGUCCCUUCCCCCUGGCGGACCACCUCAAUUCCACCAAUCACGCCAUUGUGCAGACGCUGGUCAACUCUGUGAACUCGAACAUCCCCAAGGCGUGUUGCGUGCCCACCGACCUGAGCCCCAUUUCCCUGCUUUACCUGGAUGAAUAUGAGAAGGUGAUCCUUAAAAACUACCAAGACAUGGUGGUGGAGGGGUGCGGCUGCCGGUGAGAACGGGACGGCGGGUACAUGCGGAAGGUGUUAAAAAGGACUAAAAAGAGACAUCAAAGGUUAUUAUGGACACCCGGUUUCCCAAUGAAGACAUUAUUUAUAUGAAAAGACACAAACAGAGCUAUCCUGGAAGAAGAAUAAAAAAAAAAAAAAAACUAUAUGAAUAUAUUUAUGUCUACGUAAAGUUGGGAAAUAAAUAUUUUAAUCAGAGGAAUAGAUUCCUUUUACUGGUUUUGAAAAUGUAUUUCUGAUGUACAUUUCCAAAUGGGUGCAAUACCACAUGAAGUACAAUGCUCAGAUUUUUUAUUUUGUAUUUAUUUCUAUUAUAACCACUUUAUUUGUAAAUAAAUAAUGUGUAUUUAUCGUG